CUUAUAACAUGAUUUUGUCCCUAGCUAAAAACUUCAUGGCCAACAUUCUCUGCUUCCAUCUUUGCUUUUUUGUACUGUAUACAUUCUUAUGUCAAACAUUAACAGGAGCUUACAAAUCCGGGUUCAGUGUUCAACUAAUCCGCCACAACACACCAAAUUCUCCCUCCUACAAAUCAGAUGAACUUCAUAUGCAUAGACUUGGCUCAUUUUACCAAGUUCCCAAGAAAUCAUAUGCCCCAAAUGGUCCCUUCACUAGAGUCACAUCCAACAAUGGUGACUAUCUCAUGAAGCUCACAUUGGGAACACCACCAGUGGAUGUAUAUGGUUUGGUUGAUACAGGCAGCGACCUCGUGUGGGCACAAUGUACACCUUGCCAAGGUUGUUAUAAGCAAAAAAGCCCAAUGUUUGAACCUCUAAGAUCCAAAACAUACACCCCUGUUCCAUGCAAUUCAGAAGAGUGUAAUUCACUCUUUGGUGAUUCGUGCUCUCCUCAAAAACUGUGUGCAUAUAGUUAUGCUUAUGCUGAUUCUUCAGUAACAAAAGGGGUGCUUGCAAGGGAAACUAUCACAUUCAGUUCCACCGAUGAAGAAUCAGUUGUUGUUGGAGACAUUAUAUUUGGGUGUGGACACAGUAAUUCUGGAAUUUUCAAUGAAAACGACAUGGGGAUCAUUGGUCUUGGUGGGGGACCUUUGUCACUUGUUUCACAAAUUGGUAGCCUUUAUGGAAGUAGAAGGUUUUCUCAGUGCCUGGUUCCUUUUCAUGCAGACCCUCAGACUUCAGGUACCAUUAGUUUUGGUGAUGCCAGUGAUGUUUCUGGUGAUGGAGUAGUCACAACUCCUUUGGUAUAUGAGGAAGGUCAAUCUUAUCUGGUCACACUAGAAGGCAUAAGCGUUGGAGACACAUUUGUGCCCUUUAAUUCCUCAGAAAUGCUUGCCAAGGGAAAUAUAAUGAUUGAUUCAGGUACACCAGCAACAUAUUUACCACAAGAACUUUAUGACCGUUUAGUGGAGGAAUUGAAGGUGCAGAGUAGCCUGUUACCCAUUGCUGAUGACCCAGACUUGGACACACAACUUUGCUAUAGAAGUGAGACAAACUUAGAAGGACCACCCUUGAUAGCUCAUUUUGAAGGGGCAGAUGUGCCAUUGAUGCCAAUACAAACCUUCAUCGCACCAAAGGAUGGAGUAUUUUGCUUUGCAAUGGCUGGCACUACUGACGGAGAAUAUAUAUUUGGCAAUUUUGCUCAAUCAAACAUUCUGAUUGGAUUUGAUUUAGAUAAAAAGUUAGUUUCUUUUAAGCCAACUGAUUGCGCCAAUAAGUAGACCAUCAUCUUCUUGUAACUCAGACAUCUAUCUAUGAUUUAAGCUUAGAUCAAGAACAUAUAUGAGAUGUAACAUCAUUAGUUAGAAUAUUAGUAUGCGUGUAAUAUUGAAUCUGCAAUGUUAUGUACUGUUUUCUUUCAAUAUUUUUUUUCCUUUAGUAAAAGUAUAACCCCUCAGAAGAAUAAGUUUAA